AUGUCACCAGUUCAUAUAGCUGAGCAGUCUUCUGUUGUGCAUACGGACUUCCGUUUCUUUAUCCACUCCUCUGGUUUUAGACCCCAGCCACUUGGAAACAAGUUUACUGAGAAAAUAAAGGGCCAAAAGUUAGAAACAUGUUCACAUUCAGACAUAGAAAUUCAGAAUGGUUUUUUUACUGAAGCUACUACUCACUAUCCCUUAAAUAAACAAGCAGAAUACAAGUGCAAACCAGGAUUUGCAACAGCAAAUGGUGAAACUUCAGGAACAAUUACCUGUCAGCAAACUGGAUGGUCAGCUCAACCUAAAUGCUUUAAAUCUUGUGAUAGGCCGGGAUUUGAGAAUGCUCUAAUUAAAAGAAUUGGUGCACGGUUUAUGCUCAAUGACCAGCUGGAGUAUCAAUGCAAACCUGGCUAUGAAACCAAAGCAGGAAGGACCAGUGGUUCCAUAGUGUGUGAGCAAAACGGUUGGUCUGAUCAACCUGUAUGUCUUGAAAAAGAAUGCACUGUCCCGAAUUUAGACGAAAACAUAUUGGCUACUCCCUCAAAAGAAAAAUAUAGAAUUGGAGAGGUGUUGAAAUUCUCUUGUAGAAAUAAAUUUGAGAGAGUUGGACCAGAUUCAAUUCAGUGCUAUCGCUUUGGAUGGUCUCCUAAUCCUCCAACAUGUAGAGAUCAUGUUAAACGUUGUGGUUCCCCGCCUUCACUUUUGAAUGGAAGAUUGACAGAAGUGGAGAGAGAAGCCUAUGAACACAGUGCCGUGGUGGAAUAUGUUUGUGAUCCUCGGUUUCUGAUGAAAGGUUCUAGGAAGAUUCAGUGUGUUGAUGGAAAUUGGACACCUCUGCCUAUAUGCAUUGCGGAGCAGAGUACAUGCCGAGAUAAGCCUGAACUUGAGAAUGGCUUUGCUGAUUCCUCUGCUCCUCUUUAUUAUCAUGGAGAGUCAAUCGAGUUCAAAUGCACGGAUGGAUUCACAAUGAUUGGAGAGAAAUCAGUUACAUGUUUCCGUGGAAGAUGGACCCAACUUCCUAAGUGCAUCGCAAGAAAUAAACUUAAGACGUGUAGAAAAGAAAAAUUGAUUUCAUCUCAUUCUUUUAAGAAUAACUUUAAUCACAAUGACAAUGUAAAUUACACAUGUAAUAGUAAAUCAGAAAUAAAAUUCUCAACUUGCAUAAAUGGAAACUGGGAUCCUGAAAUAAACUGCAAAGGUCAAACAAUACAGGUCUGCCCACCCCCACCUCAGAUUCCUAAUAGUCAAAUUAUGACGACCACAGUCAAUUACCAGGAUGGAGAAAGAAUAUCAAUUCUCUGCCAAGAAAAUUAUCUAAUUCAGGAAUCAGAAGAAAUGGAGUGCAAAAAUGGAACCUGGCAGUCAAUACCACGCUGUGUAGACGCUGUAGGAAAUUGUGGUCCCCCUCCACCUAUAGCAAAUGGAGAUACUAUUUCACUGCAACUUAAGGAAUAUGUUCCAGAAUCAAGAGUUGAUUACCAAUGCCAAUCCCUUUAUAGACUUGAAGGACACAGGACAAUAAUAUGCCGCAAUGGACAGUGGUCAGAACCACCCAAAUGCAUCAGUCCCUGUGUAAUAUCAGAAGACAUCUUACAUGAACAUAAUAUAGCAUUCCGAUGGGCGAAUAAAAGGAAGGUUUAUGCUGAGUCAGGGGACAUUGUUGAAUUUGAUUGUAAACCGGGAUAUCAUAGAGUGUCACCAUCUGAAACAUUUCGAACAACCUGUCGAGAUGGAAAAAUAGCAUUUCCCACUUGUGGGUAAAUUAAUGUUUCUAGUGCAGUCAGAAACUUAAGAUAUAUACAUUUGUUUUGAAUAUUCGUUUAUAAUCCAUUCAUCUCAACUUAUUCUUAAUGUUUAAACUUUAUUCAUAGUUAGCAAGCUAGGUACACAUUAUGUGGAUGAAGCAGUUUUAAUCUGAGAGA